GCUCGGCCUGACAGCCAGUAUGUUAAGUGUAACCAGAUCGGUAUCAGCCCCGAAUUUCAGCGUGCGAUCCCUCGGAUCCUUUGGCCGAAAGCUCGGAUACGAGGCGGACUCCAGCUUGACCGACAGCCAGCCGGGACGGGCGUUCUACGUGCAGGAGGAGUAUGUGGAGCGGGGCACAUCCAUCACCAGAAUUCCGGACAAGCGUGAGCCCUCUCGCUGCCUGUUCUGCACGUACGUCUGCCUGCUGCUGGGCAUCCAGGUGAUCCUCGCUUCGCUGCAGUGGCUCGGAUCCACGUACCGCUGGCGACCACAACUGAGCCCGGCCAACCGCAGCCUGUCCGUCCUGCUGCUCCUGCUCUCGUGGGUCAACCUCACGCUGGCCUUCAUCGGCUUUCGGCGUCUGCAGUUCACCUUCCCGCUGAACUGGAUCAUCUUCGGCUGCAUCUUCGAGAGCCUCACGCUGCUGGUGGUGUGCCUGCACAUCUUGGAGGGCGACAUCACCUGGCCAUUUGUGCUUAUUGGCAUUGGUGUCCUUGUUGUGUACACACUGCUGGGUCUGUGGGUGCCUGGCUUCCUCACCGCCAACCUCUGGAUCCUCAUUCUGGCCAGCAUCGUGGUCUUUCUCAUCUCCGCCGUGGCCCUGAGCGUCCGCAUGGAUAUGCGCUACUACGUGCCCACCAGCGUCUGCCUGGUGAUCUUCGGACCCUGGGCCAUGUUCAACUCGCAGAAGCUCUUCCUGCCCCGCCAGCGGACCAGCUACUUGCCCCACCAGUACCUGGAAGCGGCCGCCAAGAUGUUCAUCAACUACGCUUUCACCGUGAGCGGCAUCGUGUUUGCCCAUCGCCUUUCGGUCGACACUUUGGAUGCCCACGGGUGAAUGGGAUCGGGAUGGAUCGAAAUAUAGUGCUUUCCGGGCUGGGACUGAUCUUAGUUGUUUUUAGAUUUUUGUAAGUCUUUAAUUAAAUUGUCACGUGUUUAUAUCUAA